AUGGCUUUCCACAGGCACACAGGGCCUGGCAGCUACACCGUGGGCACGAUGUCGGAGCACUUUGACUGCCACUACUGCCGCAACCCCUUGCAGGGCAAGAAGUAUGUGCAGAAGGAGGGGCAAGGGCAGCACUGCUGUGUCAAGUGCUUUGAGAAGUUCUGUGCCAACACCUGCACCGAGUGCAAGAAACCCGUCGGGGCCAACUCCAAGGAGCUGCAUUUCAAGAACUGCUACUGGCACGACAACUGUUUCCGCUGCUUCAAGUGCUACACAUCCCUGGUCAAUGAGCCCUUCAUGCUGCGGGAGAACAAGGUUUGGUGCAGCAACUGCACCACUGCUGAGGAUGCACCAAGGUGUAAGGGCUGCUUCAAGCCCAUUAUUGCAGGAGACCAAAAUGUUGAGUACAACAAGAUGGUCUGGCACAAAGACUGCUUCACCUGCAGCCAGUGCAAGCAAGUGAUUGGAUCUGGGAGCUUCUUCCCCAAGGGUGAUGAAUUCUACUGUGUCUCCUGCCAUGAGCACAAGUUUGCCAAGACCUGUGCUAAGUGCAAGAACCCCAUCGCUGCUGGAGGUCUCAUUUACCAGGAACAGCCUUGGCAUUCCGAGUGUUUCAUUUGCUCCAACUGCAAGAAGCAACUGGAUGGGAAGCGCUUCACAGCUGUGGAGGAUCAGUUUUACUGCGUUGAAUGCUACAAGGAGUGUGUUGCUAAGAAGUGUGCUGGAUGCAAGAAUCCUAUUACAGCAGGAUUUGGAAGAGGAACCAGUGUGGUUAACUAUGAAGAUGAAUCCUGGCACGCUUACUGUUUCAAAUGCAUGAAGUGUGCCCGUGGUCUGGCCAACAAGCGCUUUGUUUGCCAUAAUGGAAAAAUUUAUUGUGAUGAGUGUCCCAAAUGACUGUAAAUGAGCAGAUGUAAGAUGGAUUUUAAAGCCCUGCUUUCCCAAACAGUCCCAGUAAAAGAGCAGGUUUUUGAAUGCUGAGAAUUUCAACUUUUUCCAUUUUAGUGUGUUAUAAAUGCCAGGACAAAUUUAUUGCCAAAUUCAAUAAUUUGGUUUAUUAACAUCCAAAUCACAAAAUUUAGAAUCAAAUUAUAACAAUUUUAAACAAUAAAAACAAAACAAUACGAACCCCACGAACAGCGAAACUUACUUGACCGAAGUUCUCCCGGGAAAAGUUGAGCCAAGGGUGACCCCAGAUACACAGGACCUGGCAGUCGGUGUAUCUAACCGGGUUCACGCCUUUGCUCACCUAAAGGCCCAACUUAAAUACCCUUAACUUCCCCCUCGGCAACCUUCCUCCCAUUGUUUCUCUAAUCAUUGGCCAUUAACUUUGUUUACACUAAAUCCUGAAAGGGUCCCCGGGCACAUUCAAGUGCUAAUGUCCAGAGUUAGUCCUUGCUUUGAGUACUGUCAUAGAAGUGUGUGAUGAUCCUGUUGGCACAUAGCAUCUGAUCGUUGCAAGUCUUUGCUGGCACGUAGCAUUUUGAUCGUUGCAAGUCCCGAUGAGUUUAGCUGCACGUAGGCAGGGGUAAGUCAUCAGUGCCUCGUGUUCUCACCUUCUAUUUUUGGAACCCGGAAGAUCAGGAGAGGUGCUUUACAGAAGUUCGUGAAACGUGCGGGUUGAGCAGACACACAUACCUUUAUACAAUAUAUAUUACAGUUCCCAAUCUAUAAUUAUUUAUAGAACAUGAAUUAAAUAACCAUAUUUCCCACAUAGUGUAAGAACUAAAUUAGCCUCUAUAUACUGGGUUUGACUUUUGAAGCUCCUGCAGUACAAAAGCAUGUAGCCUUGCAAAAAUCUAACCUUGUUUCCAAGCAACUCCUAGUAUAAAGGCUUUGAAACGCUGUUAGAUUUACAGAUCCAUACACUGCAUCAUCUAUGUGUGGCUUAAACUAAAACAAAUCUCGUUUUAAACUAAUCUGGUAUAUGAUUACGCUUGGCACAACUGAAGUGAGUUUGACAAGGCAUGCACCUCUGACACAGAGAUGCAAAGAUUGCACCUGGGAUCAGAGGGAUCCAUUAUUAUGCUUCUACAAGUACAGAUACACAACAAACACCAGACCAUUAAUAAGUAAUAAAUACCUUAGCUUACUCUACAACACCACAUUGCAGCACAUGUACGGAAUGGCUUCAUCUUACAGAUAACAAUGUUUUGGCAGUGACACUUAGCUUAGUUAAGUUUCCAUAAACUUGUUUUAGUCUUGAUUUCUGCAUGGUUUGCCUGCAAGAUUUCCUCAUCAGUUUUUUUUAUAUCAUUGUUUAAACAAGGCUAUGUACAAUUAUUAAUCCAUUAACAAGUAGUAAAUCUUUCACCUACAACAUGCACAUGCAUUUACAAGUGCCUUAAAAAUAGCUCAGAUAAGGCUAGCUCUCCUAUCAUGUCAGUGUAUGUUUAGUGACUGAAUAAAAGUGAGACUAGUGCCUGCUUGGAAUCUGUAGUCUGGAUUUUUUUUUUUUUGCCAUCUUACAUGACUGACGUGUCUUAGGGCUGAGCUACUGAAACCAAGUCUACUGCAUUGAUACUGGCAAAGUAAGUGUCAGCUGUGCUGUCAUUGCACCCUUAAAUAUCUGAGGACUAAAGCAAAAAUUUCCAUAAACUACUUAAUUUUUUUAAUAUAUGACUGACACUGAACCAUCUGCCAGAAACAGCCUGUGUGAAAAAGCCCUUUGGAGAGCAUAUGUACAGCCACUGUCCAUGUGUUAGGAACGAAAGAAAAAAAAACAAAAAAACCAAACCAAAACAAAACAAAAAAAAACCAAAAAAAAAACCCCACCCCACAACUGACCCUCUCCUGGCUAGAGUAACACCCCCCACACCCCAGCCAAUCUGAGAAGGGAGAGCUGCCCCUGAAGGAAAGUUGCCUGGCAACUUUUCCCUACCUAAUUGAAAUGUGAAAAGAAGCUGCCCACACCUAGAUAGCCCUAUUGUCCUUUGUAACGACCUCAUUUAGCAAGAGUAACCUCGGCUACCACCAGGACAAAUGCAUAUGCAUUUGUAUAUGCAGAUAGGGCCGCCCCCGUGGAUCCUGGGAGGUUUUUUUGGGGGAAACUGCAGCCCGGGACAGGAAGCUGGAUUUGUCAGAAGAGAAUUGGAUAGUGCCCUGGCUGAGCGGGGAGUGGAUGCACCCCCUGGCCUGGUUUGAAGAUUGGCCAUGACCUGUGAGGAGCCUGAAUGGAAUGGGAACUGGCCAGCUGAGCUGACUGAUGCAGAGAAUGGGAAACUCUUGAAGCUUUUCCCUGAGGGCAAAGAGCUGACUGCCACUGCUCUGCCUUCUGAUGGUUGACCAGAGAGAACUGCCAGGUGUUUCUAUGGGAACAAGGACUCAGCAUCCACUGGGACAGCACCUGCUCCUUCAGAUGGCUGCAGCAGCGUGGAAAACUCCGAUCAGACUUUGCAAUCCUGCUGAUGAUUUUAAUAAUGAGCUGAUCACUUUAAUAAAGAGCUGACUAUUAAUAAAGGCAUAUGCCCUGUUCUUUUCACAUGCACAGAUCUACCUCUACCAUGCUUCAGCAACCUGAAUGCUGGUUUAAGGAGAUUUUUUUUCCCUUAAUAGUGAAAUACUUUAUCAAUUGGAUCUG